CGAGUUCACGGCCGCCAACCGCGCCCGGAUGACCCUUGCCAGCGAAGCUCCUGCCCUGCACACCUCUGCCCGAUGUCCUGCUAAUAUAUAGUACUCAGGUGUCCACGCUUCUGGGACCCUGCUUUUGCCACUGCCACCAAGAACUCGGUUGCCGGGGUGCGCGCAGCCCGCUCAGCCUGCUAUACUUCAACCACAAUCGAUCGACUAUAGACUUCACAGCAUCCCAACCUUUGCAGUUUUUUACACAGACAACCUACUGAGGUAGCGUGUCACCAUGCCACUGAUCGUUCCCAUCCUGCGCCUGGCCUACGUCUUCUCUAACGUCUUCGAGACCUUCAAGACCCUUCGGCCACCACCGCCGUCAGCACGUAAUAGCGGGCAACCGAGCCUGCGUGCGCUCAGUCAGCGCAAACGUGCCAUGAAAGGCUGCAUGGCGGUGUGGCUCUGCUGGUGCUGCUUCACAAUGUACGAGCGAACAGUGGACGGAAUCAUCAGGAUGUUUAUCCCAUUCUACGACGAGAUUAAGUCUCUAGUGAUUCUAUUUUUCUUGAUGAGCCGGGCUCGGGGCGCCGAACCCAUCUUCCUGCAUGUGAUACGCCCGGUCAUCAAACCCUACACCUCUACCCUGGACAUUCUCCUCGACGCCGGCCACAUGAUCGGUGACUUCAUCCUCCUCGCCGCGAGCGUACCCGUGAACUUCGUUCUCGGGCACUGGCGCAGAUGGAUGCACACCGACAAGGACCCCUUUCACGAGGACGACUCGCUCCGGGAGAAGCAGGGGGCCCAGCGGCCGGACGACGUCGUCCCCCCGUUCAUUCGCGAAGCCGCUAACGGCGCUCGUCCCCAAGCCAAGCGCAAAGGCAGCUCGAAUUCGACCUCCUCCUCCCGCGAUCGCAGCGCACAACACGCUGCGAGCCAACACGCGUUCGUGCCCAUCACUGCCAGUGCCAUCCCCCAGGCCGCUGCACGCACCUCACGCGCCUCGCGCAUCUACCGCGAGCCCUCGCAAGGUGUCCAGCCACCCCCGCCGCCGUACGAGCGGUGGUAUCCACCUGCGUCCGCAUACGGUGAGCGCAGCGGGUCUGGAUUGCCUACGCCGCCCGCGGACUCGCCCCCGCCAUUCGAAGCUGUGCAGGCGGAGAUCCUCGCAGCUGACGCGGAGUGGCGGCAGUACCCCGACUUCCCCGCGGCGUACCCACCGACCCCGUUGCAGACCGCUGCCCCGCGACUGCCAGGGAUGGACGGCCUCGUCGCGCCGGUGCCGCUGCGAGCGCCCCAGUUUGCUGGGAUACCGGAAGAGGGUGCAAGCGGGAGUGAUGGAGAUGAUGAGGAGGGCGAGGGCGAUGCGACGGUCCGGCAGGGUUUUCGCAGGUCGCUCCUGUUGCCGCGUGAGUUUGUGAAUCCCGACUCCGCUGGUGACUUGAGCGACGAACACGAAGAACACGGGAUUCAAAACACGGAAGUACAUCUGGACGACGGAAUGGAUGUCGACCCACACGGCGGCGGACAUGAAGAUGCGAGUAUGGACUCCCCGGAUGGCCAGAGUGAGCCGGACUCGGAGGACGACUUUGACGUGACGCUGCAGACGCCCCGGCGGAUGCGCGUCCGACCGAAGACGCGGGACGACACGAUCAAGGCGAAGAGGAACGUGUACGGCCUUGUGACGACGUCCGCAGAGAGCCUCGCGAGCGACUCGACCAAGCUCAGCACGACGGACAACGGCUCGUCCCUCCGCACAAUGACGCGCACCAACUCCGAGGCCUCCCACAGCUCGCACCUGAGCAACGCCGCUCCCUCCGGGUCAGACGCGUUCUCGAUCGCGGGACGGAAGAGGCGCAUUGCCACGGCGGCACCGCGCGCUCCGAGGGAAGCGUUCUCGACUCACGCUGAUCGCGAUGUUGCGACCGCGAGGGAUGAGCCGAAGAGUACGAUCGACGCGAAUACGAAGCCUGAACGUGUAAGGAAGACGAAGGCGACGGAUGCGCGGCCGACUGCAGUGCAGAUACAGACGCGCAUGCGCAUGCGCGCUGCGACGCGUAGACGCGUUGGGGCCAGUGUGACGACGAGCGAAGAUGAUGAGAACGAGGACACGGCGGCGACGGACAGCGACCUGAGCGACUCCGCGGUGUCGUCUGACCUGAAGCGCAGGCGCGUACCUGGGCUGCCUGGAGAGCGCGGACACUUGCCUGCACCUUCGCUGCGCCCUCGAGCGCUGCGGGAGGAUAGCGAACGGACUAUCCGGCCACCGAAAACGCGCAGCACUAGCACAAUCCGGACACUCGGUGCCGUCGGCGCGUCGAGGUCGUCUAGCGCAUCGCGGACGACGGGUGCGGAAGCGGCGGAGGCGCCGACUGCCCGUCCACGACCCGCGCGUACAAAUUCACGAAAUUCGGUUCGCAGUCGAGGGUGAAGACUCGGGCGGCAUGAGAGUGACCAAGUACGGGCGGUGGAUGACCGCCCGAAUAUCAGUGCCGCAUUGAUUGCGACCACGAGCGACUUCUCCAGCAUGACUCUGAAUCGACGAGACCGCGCAUCACUUGACAAUUUACAGCACCGCAUCGAGACAUGGAAGCGAUUCUUGCAUUAUUCACAACGUGUAUGUAUAGCCUGCAAUGCAUAGGUCUGAAGCAUCGUAUUCUUGUGUCGC